CAACAAAAUAGAAGAAAGGAACAAAAAAAAUAAAUAAAAAAAACAAGAUCUAUGAGAAAUUGUUGAAUUAUUUACACAUAUUUUUGAGCAUUUUCCAAACAAAUAAUUUAUAAAUAAAUAAAGUAACACAAUGUCGAUGCGCCCGGAUGAUCAUCGUCGCAAAUGGGACAAAUCUGAAUAUCAGAAAAAAGCCCAGGAACGUUUAUUAAAUCAAGCCAAGGGAAAUGAUAAAAGUGAUGAAGAACCCGUCCAAAGAGAAAGUCUCAAACGGCGUGACUAUAAAGUUGACUUGGACAGUAAAUUGGGUAAAAGUGUGGUCAUUAAUAAGAAUACACCCAGUUCUCAAUCGGGCGGCUAUUAUUGUAAUGUUUGUGAUUGUGUGGUUAAAGAUUCUAUUAACUUUUUGGAUCACAUUAAUGGUAAGAAACAUCAAAGAAAUCUGGGCAUGUCCAUGAAAGUGGAACGCAGCACUGUGGAUCAGGUGAAAGAACGUUUUCAGGCGAAUAAAAAGAAAAUGGAAGAAAAACAAAAGGAUUAUGAAUUGGAAAGACGUUUGAGAGAGGCAAAAGAGGAAGAAGAACGUUAUAAAGAACACCGUAAAGAAAAACGAAAAGAUCGUAAGCGUAAAGCUGAAGAAGAUUUAGAUGGUAUGGCUUUAACAGAUGAUAUGGCCGAUAUGGCGGCCAUUAUGGGUUUUUCUGGUUUUGGUGGUUCUAAAAAGAAUGCAUAACUUUGUUUUAGUGUUGUUACUCAGGUUAAGAAGAACGAAAAAAGAAAGAAAAGAGAAAUGGAAAAAAUAUUUAUAACAAAAUAUGCAACAGGAUCAAUAUUAUUAUUAUUAUAAAGAUUUAUGUUUUUUUUAUAAAUUUAAGAGAAAUGCUUGAAUAUAUAUAAAACACCUUUAAAUGGUAUAGUGAGUAAUGUGUAAAACAGGACAUUUUGAAAAUACUUCAAAUGGCAGGAACUUCCACUUGCCGGCAUUGGAUCAUCGAUUUGUGGCAGUGAUCUUGAAAUUUUACAUUUAAACUAAACGUAUAAACGAAAAUUAUAAAA